AUGACUGCCUCGCUCCCACCUCUCCGCAUCGCCAUGUGCUGCGAUGAUGCCGGCCACUCCUACAAGGAAGCUCUUAAAUCCCAUCUCGAGAAGAACCCUCUCGUUUCUUGCGUAAUAGACGUCGGUGUCCCAUCUCCCACCGACAAGCGAGCAUACCCUCACGUCGCCGUCGAGGCUGCCUCUUUGAUCAAGGAGGGUAAAGCCGACCGUGCCCUUAUGAUUUGCGGCACUGGCCUCGGAGUUGCUAUUGCUGCCAACAAGGUGGCUGGCAUCAGAGCCGUCACUGCCCACGACCCCUUCAGCGUCGAGAGAUCCGUUCUCAGCAACAACGCCCAGGUUCUCUGCAUGGGCCAACGAGUCAUCGGUAUCGAGUUGGCUAAGAAGCUGGCUGCCGACUGGUUGAACUACAGAUUCGACGAAACCAGCGCCAGCGCAGAGAAGGUCAAGGCCAUUGGGGAGUACGAGGCCAAGUUUGGAGAAUCUAAAUAA